AUGAAUGGCAGGGACUGGUACAUUCUUUCCUUCCUGCUUGCUGUUCAGGAGAUCAAUCAUAACCCUGUGCUCUUACCCAACAUCACCCUGGGCUACAGCAUUUAUGAUACUUAUUUUGAUGGAAGAACGACUUCUGAUGCCCUGACAGACCUCCUUGCUGGUGGGAAAAUCAACAUUCCAAACUACAGGUGUGGAAGAUGGAAUAAGCUGCUGGCUUUUCUUGAAGGGGGUGAAUCUGACAUCUCCACAUACAUUGCAAGCAUGCUGGGCACCUACAAGAUCCCACAGCUCAGUUACGGCUUAGUUCAGGAUGAUGUCCAAUCCCCUUUUGUCUAUCGCAUGGUUCCAAAGCAAGAAACUCAGCAUCUGGGGAUGGUCCAACUCCUCCUGCAUUUCAGGUGGACGUGGGUCGGUCUCUUUGCUCCAGACAAUGACAAUGGAGAAAAGUUCCUGACUACCUUGACACCCUUGAUGACCAGCAACGAAAUCUGUGUUGCCUUCACAAAAACAGUACUACUACAUACUUGGCUAUGGUUACCCCAUGAACAGCCUGCAGUGUGGAGACAAGUCAAUGUAUUUGUUUACUACACAGGCUCUCAAUAUGGACUUCAUAUAAUCAUUGAGGUACAAUCCUUCCUUGAAAGGUUACAAACUGGGGGUAAAGUCUGGAUAACCACAGCUCUACAGAACACAAUCUUGUUCUAUGAUACCGAAUCCUUCCGCUAUGCCCAUGGCUCUUUGUCCUUCAUACUGAAGACCAAAAGAAGGACAAAAAAGGACUACUAUAAGCCAAUGUCCGCUGCGAGUCUAAGCGUUUGGGCAGAAAAUUUUGAUUGUUCAUAUUCAAAGCAUGCCUUGGCUGUGAGGGGUUGGACAAGGUGCAGGGAGAAGGAGAAUCUGAAGAUGCUGCCCCAGGAGGAGAUUGAAAAAAUUCAGUCCCAAGACAAUUAUGUCAAUUACUACAGUGUCCAAGUUGUGGCUGAGGCCUUGAAUGCUGCAUAUUCAUCCAGCUCAAAACGGAUGUUGACGGUGGGUGCUGGAAACAGGUUGGAACUUGAAAGGCUACAGCCAUGGCAGCUUCAUCCUUACUUGAAAGAAGUCCGGUUCUCUUCUAAUACUUCAGCUGGUGGACAGAACUUGGAUGAGACUGGAGCAUUGGCCAUUGGAUUUGAUAUCGUGAAUUGGGUGAUGUUUCCUAAUAAUUCUCGUGCUAGAGUGAAGAUCGGGAGCAUAGAGAGACAAACUUCCCCAGAUCUAAAGUUCACCAUAAACCCGGAAGCAAUUGUAUGGUCCAAGCCUUUUAAUAAGAUGGUGCCUCGUUCAAGAUGCACAGAAAGCUGUCUCUCUGGAUAUUCCAGAAAAGUUCAGGAAGGGAAGCCGCCCUGCUGCUAUGAUUGCGCUCCCUGCUCAGAAGGGACCAUCUCCACUCAGGAAGAUGCUGAUGAAUGCACCAAAUGUCCAGAAGAUCAGCAUCCAAAUGAGGACCGAGACCAAUGUGUCCCCAAAGUAAUAACCUUCCUGUCCUAUGAAGAAUGUUUGGGGAGCCUCCUGGCUUCCCUUGCCCUCUUCUUAUCCUUAACCACAGGCUUUGUCUUAGGAAUCUUCAUUAAAUACAAGGAAACACCAAUAGUCAAAGCCAACAAUCGGGACCUCUCCUACGUUCUCCUCAUGUCUCUCCUGCUCUCCUUUUUGUCCUCCUUCCUCUUCAUUGGACGGCCAAGGAACGUGACCUGCCUUCUCAGACAGAUAACCUUCAGCAUCAUCUUCUCAGUUGCUGUCUCUUCUGUCUUGGCAAAAACCAUCACUGUGGUUCUGGCUUUCCUGGCGACUAAGCCAGGGAACAGGGUGAGGAGAUGGCUGGGGAAGAGUUUGGCUCACUCCAUUGUCAUUUCCUGUUCCAGUGUCCAAGUUAUCAUAUGCAGCACCGGGCUGGGAAUCUCUCCCCCUUUUCCAGAAUCUGAGAUGCACUCGCAGCCUGGAAAGAUUAUCUUGCAAUGCAAUGAAGGGUCUGUGGCCAUGUUCUAUGGUGCCCUUGGCUACAUGGGCUUCCUGUCAGCCAUCUGCUUCACGGUGGCUUUCCUAGCCAGGAAACUGCCUGGAGCCUUCAAUGAAGCCAAGCUGAUC